AGGGCCCCGGCGGGGCAGAGCCGUCCGCGUCCACAGCCUCGGCGCCUCGCAGCUCCCCGACACGGCAAAAAUGUCCCGCGCUACUGAGACUGAGCGGUGCAUCGAGUCUCUGAUUGCAGUUUUCCAGAAGUACGCUGGAAAGGACGGUAACAGCUGCCAACUCUCCAAGACCGAGUUCCUAACCUUCAUGAACACAGAACUCGCCGCCUUCACAAAGAACCAGAAGGACCCGGGUGUCCUUGACCGCAUGAUGAAGAAACUGGACCUCAACUCUGACGGCCAGCUGGAUUUUCAAGAAUUUCUUAAUCUCAUUGGCGGCCUGGCUGUAGCCUGCCAUGAAUCCUUUAUGAAGUCUACCUGUUGCCAGAAGUAAUCUGAGGAGCCCUUAGGCGUGGCCUGCAGGCAAUUCCUUCCAGCCUCCCAGCCGUCCUCUCCUAACAGGCCAUGCACACCCUGAGCCCAGCACGCCCUCCAACCCAUGCAGGCCACUCCUGAUGGCAAUAAUAAAGCACUAUUUUUUUUUUUUUUUAAAAAGAACACGUACAGGAGAGUCUGUAAAUUUGUGCA